CAGACCGAUAAUGAAUUGAAAAAUCAACAAUCGGAUAAUCGAAUCGAAGCGCAAUUCCAAUUUAUUUACAUUUUACAGUUUCAUUUUACUUACAGUCAUUUAAAAAAGUUACUUGUUGCGUGUUGGAGCCAACAACUUAUUAGAAUUGGAAAUAAACACAUAGGUGUAUUUGGAAAUUACUGGUUAAAUAGAACCUUUUUAUAAAAUUCGCCUAGCAAAAACAGAACAUGCUUUUCUAUAGUGCCUUGGCGAAAUAUUGUAUCACAAUAAUUCUUAUAUCUAAAGUGAUUAGGGCAGAAUGGAAUACCAAAGACUUUAUGAAAAGGGAACAUGCUCUAAUAAAACCCUAUUAUGGAUCUGGUAUCGAUAUUCCAUACUGGCAGUUUACGGGUAGCACAAUAGUAACCCCUAAUUAUAUACGACUAACACCAGAUCUACAAAGCAAACAAGGAGCUAUAUGGAAUUCAGUUCCUGUGAAAAACCGUAAUUGGGAACUGCAAAUACAAUUCAAAGUACAUGGCAAAGGUAAAGACUUGUUUGGCGAUGGUUUUGCUAUAUGGUAUACCAAAGAUAGAUUACUUGAAGGACCAGUGUUUGGUAAUAAUGAUUUUUUCCAAGGAAUGGCAAUUAUUUUGGAUACAUAUAGCAAUCAUAAUGGACCUCAUAAUCAUCAACAUCCUUAUAUAUCUGCCAUGAUAAACAAUGGGACCAUGCAUUAUGACCAUGAUCGUGAUGGAACACAUACUCAACUUGCUGGUUGUGAAGCUAAAUUUAGAAACCUCAAUCAUGAAAGUCAUAUCUCUAUCAGAUAUGAGAAUGAUGUUUUAACAGUUUCCACUGAUAUUGAAAACAAGAGAGCAUGGAAGGAAUGUUUUAAAGCAGAAGGAGUACAAUUACCCACAGGGUAUUAUAUUGGAGCUUCUGCUACCACUGGAGAUCUGUCUGAUAAUCAUGACAUCAUUUCAGUGAGAUUAUUUGAGUUGGAUCUGCCUGGAGAUCCUCAUGCAAAUGAAGACAGAUCCCAUAUCCUACCUUCAGCAACCUAUUUUGAGCCACCGCGGGACCACGUAGAAGAUCCUAAGCCUUCAUCUCUCUCUGGAGUGAAGAUAUUUCUGCUAAUGCUUCUGGGAAGCAUUGUUUUAGUGGCCUGUGUCGUAAUUGGUAUUAUGUUCUACCAGAAACAGAACGAGAAAAACCGAAAGCGCUUUUAUUAAUUCUUGUUCAAUAAUUUAUUAUUCUUUUUAUGUACCUUUUUUACCAAGACUGUGGAUGUAAUAUAUCUAUAAUAGUGGAAGUGGAGUAAAAUCGCAUCUCUAUGGGAAUCUCUUUUUUUUUUUAAAUAGGAUUGAACGUUGAAAACAGCACUUAAACCCGGGAGUGUUUGAAAUCAAAAAUCUAUGUUUUUCUUAACAUUUACCAUUUUAUUAAUUCAAUUUCACAAGCUAUAAUUCUGUUUUUUUGCAGACAUACUUAAAAUGUGAGCGCUUCCAAUGGUGUGUUGGAAAUAUAUAAAGUUUUUGAAAAAUAGAAUUAUCAGAAUCGUGCUUCCAGAAAUUCACUCUGUAAUGAGCUAUGUGAAUAUUUAAUAUUUCUACCGAGUCAGAUGUAGUCAAAAAUCACCCCUAAGUCUAGUAGUUGUAGUAGUAGUAGUAGUAGUAAGCAUGCUUUAUUGUCCAAAGAUACAGUAAUCCUUAUGGACAAAGCUAAGCCUCAAAUCUAGAACCCCUUACUAUAGUGCUUGUCACAGUAAAUACACAUAUUUUUGGUUUUUAACAGUUAAGAAAUAAAGUUAAAUAAACCAUAAACGAAAUUGAGUCAUAAAAUAACAAAACGAA